AUGAACCAGCUAUCAUCCCGCCUACUCGAUGUCUCCGAUGACUUCCAGAAAUUACUCACUAAAUUGGUAUUCAGAAUAUGCGUCGAGCACCCUUUCCAUGGCAUGUACCAAAUUUUCGCCAGCAGCAAGUCCAAGGGAGGGAAAGAUCAGUCGUCUCACUCUCGUUUCCGUGCUGCAAAUCAGCUCGUGGAUCGUCUGAAGAACGAUAAUCACAUCGGUCAGACUUGGAUUGCUGUACACAAUGUGAACAUCAGCUACGUUCGAUUUGCAGUCGACAAACCAGACAGCAAAUACAAAUGUGGUGCUAAAGUUCCACUGAAGAAUUUGGCUACUGGCCAGCGCCUUGGACAAGAUGCCAUCACUUACAAACUACCACCACCGACGAUGAAAAUCAGCCUCCGUGCGGAUUGUGACUACAGUCAGGUUCCUACAAUCGCAAAGUUCCAGCCUGAUUUCACGAUUGCUUCCGGCGUUAGCGCGCCAAAGAUUGUGACCGCCGUUGCAUCCAAUGGCGAGCGCUACAAGCAAUUGUACAAGGGAGGAAAUGAUGACCUGCGGCAAGAUGCCAUCAUGGAGCAAGUAUUUGAGCAAGUCAGCAGUCUUCUGAAAGAUCACCAGCCCACACGCCAGCGGAACUUAGGCAUCCGGACAUACAAGGUUCUCCCAUUGACACCAAGCGCUGGAAUCAUUGAGUUCGUGCCAAACACGAUUCCUCUGCACGACUACCUGAUGCCCGCACAUCAAAAAUACUUCCCGAAGGACAUGAAACCCAACUCUUGCCGGAAAUACAUUGCCGAUGUGCAGACCAAAUCAUUUGAACAGCGCGUCAGAACGUACCGACAGGUGACCGAGCAUUUCCACCCAGUCAUGAAGUAUUUCUUCAUGGAGAAAUUUAACAACCCAGACGACUGGUUUAGCAAGCGGCUAGCCUACACACGAAGUACCGCUGCAAUCUCUAUCCUCGGUCAUGUGCUCGGCCUCGGCGAUCGGCACGGACACAAUAUCCUGCUAGAUGAGAAGACCGGGGAAGUGGUCCACAUUGAUCUGGGUGUAGCGUUCGAGCAAGGUCGUGUGCUACCUGUUCCUGAGGUAGUGCCGUUCCGGUUGACCCGCGAUCUAGUCGAUGGAUUCGGCAUCACCAAGACUGAAGGUGUUUUCCGGCGUUGUUGUGAAUUCACCCUUGAAGCACUCCGCCAAGAAUCGUACAGCAUUAUGACCAUCCUUGAUGUAUUACGUUACGACCCGUUGUACAGCUGGACGGUCUCCCCGCUUCGGGUUAAGAAGAUGCAGAUGCAGGACAAUCAAGCCAGCGAUGGGCCUCCAGCUCUUCCUGGAGCCGCUGACGCUCUCGUCUCGAAGAGUGAGAACGAGAAUGAACCUAGUGAAGCUGACCGGGCGUUAACUGUGGUGGCGAAGAAACUGAGCAAAACACUCAGUGUCACGGCUACUGUCAAUGAAUUGGUUCAGCAGGCGAGUGAUGAGAAGAACCUUGCUAUGUUGUAUUGCGGCUGGGCAUCGUAUGCGUGA